AAGUAGAACGAAAUGGGUCAUCUGGAGUUGGAUUUUAGGGCUAUUCCCAGGCUGCAUGGCAGUCAAAAUUACUGGCAGUGGCGCAUCCUUCUGAAGGCUUACCUAGAGGCCAACGACCUGUGGAAGCACAAUGAGCCCAAGGAGAGCCCCCAAACAAAAUUCCUGAUUUUGGCCAGUAUCGAGGGCGAUAAGAUUGAGCCGGCAUACGAUGACCAAACUUGUUCGUACAUAUUCCAAAAUUUAGAGAGCCGCUUCGGACCUUAUCCAGGUUAAAAAAUACGUUGUAAAUAGGCCGAAAAAUAUAUUCCACUUUUAAGCAUU